UGAAGAUCGACGAUGGAGCCCAAACGGUUGCCGCCGUCGCCACGUGGAGGCAUUCCGCCGAAAUUGGAGCGUCCUGGCGUAACAUCUUCAUUGACGUCACCAAGAGCAGCUCCACUAGUCCCUCCACAGGCUCAGCCUGGAACCACAUCUACCCACACACAUUACAACGAGUCGACGUGGUUGCGGGAUGACGAGUUCAUUUGCGAUGCAUACUACGCUAGCCAGUCGAAGGCAAGGAAGACAACCUACUCGUCACCGUCUCGCCCUGUGCAAGCCGCAUUGCUUCACAGGCAGUGCGUCGAAGUCAUUGCCCAGUGCACGCAGUCGCUGAAGGAGCGACAACAGAAGAUGGCAGAGUUGACACUACCGUUCGCUCCUUUACGUAACAAAUCUGGGAUACUAACCCCUACCAGAGAUAGUCUUGCAUCGCCAAGCCCUGGAACAAGGCUGUUUGAAUCCAGCAUUUCACCAAUCCUCCCGGCAAACAACAUUCCUCAGCCGACACCCGAGCCUUUAUGCGACGUGAGGAAGCGGCUUUCGUUCCUCGACGAUUCAGAGAAUGAAGACAAGAGCUUGCAUUCCGUCACGCCGACUACCUUGUCCAGCGAUCUCUCCACCGAGUACGCCCAAGCAUCAGAUGGAGCUCCUGGUGGUAAUCUUCGUGAUGGCACGAUGUUGUGAAUUUGAACAUUUCUACUUCCACCACCAAUAUGAUUGGUUAUAAUUCCAGCAAAAUAAACCAAUCCAUGAAUUGGAAUAGAGAGCUAACAAUUCCA